AGUAACUCAACAUUCAGUCUGGCUUCUCUGUCUCCCAACAUCUCGUCUUUUUCCCAACUUCUUCCCUCUUCCCCUCCACUAGCUCCCAACUGACCCCCUCACCGCCAAAAUCCUUCUUGGACCAAACUUGUGUCUUUCUGCAGGGAAAGAGAUUAAGCUGAGACCAAGAUUUGAGCCUCUAGUUCGUCCGAGGAAAGGAAAAGCAGAGGCUCUUUGUUUUCCAUUUUCUUCGCCAUCAAAUUUUUUGCUGGUUUCAGGAAGAGGAAGAUGAAUCAGGAAAUGAAUGGGGUUGAUGUCGAAAGGUUUCAAGAGAAUGGGCAUGAGAAAAUAGAUUACGUGUUUAAGGUGGUAGUGAUAGGGGACUCUGCUGUGGGCAAGACCCAAAUUCUCUCAAGGUUUGCAAAGAAUGAGUUCUGCUUUGACUCAAAGUCCACCAUUGGUGUGGAGUUUCAGACUAGGACUGCCACCAUCAAUGGCAAAGUCAUCAAAGCUCAGAUCUGGGACACUGCAGGCCAGGAAAGGUACAGGGCAGUGACAAGUGCAUACUACAGAGGAGCAUUAGGGGCAAUGCUGGUGUACGACAUAACCAAACGGCAGUCGUUUGAUCACGUAGCGAGGUGGGUAGAGGAGUUACGAGCACACGCGGAUAACUCCAUAGCGAUAAUGCUAACAGGGAACAAAGCUGACCUGGUGGAUCUGAGGGCGGUGUCGAUGGAGGACGCGGUGGAGUUCGCGGAGGAUCAGGGCCUCUUCUUCUCGGAAACUUCGGCUCUCAGUGGGGAGAACGUAGAAUCUGCGUUCUUCAAAUUGCUGGAAGAGAUCCACAGGGUUGUGUCCAAGAAAGCACUGGAAUGUACAAAUGGGAACGCCAAUCAUGGUGAUCAUUGUGCAGCCACGCUUAAAGGAUCCAGGAUUGAUGUGAUCUCGGGUCCUGAAUUGGAAAUUAGCGAGAUGAAGAAGUUAUCUUCCUGUUCCUGUUGAUGGGCAGUGAAGAACUUUAUAUGUAUUUUUCCCCCUCGAAAUUCGGCUGUGUGGCUAUCAACCUCGUGAGUGUACUCUACUUUUCAUCUGAGGCAUUGCUCUCCAUACUCACAAUUUAAGAGCACUUGCUCUCUUAAGCAAAUAUGACAUUAGUUCGAGACAGAAAUAGAGUUAAUUAAUGAAUAUUCAAUCA